GUGAAAUCAGUAAAGAUACAGUGUAUUGAACUGAUGUUGAAGAACCCCUCCCUGCACCCAAAGUGUAUUUCAGAGUUAUUCCCAGAUAGCGAUGCCAAGAAACUAUUGGACGAUGUUAGGAAUAAGUUACUGAAGAAUGAUGCCACAGAACAAGGAGAUGACAGUUCUACAGACACGGAUAGUGAUGAAGCGGAUGACGUCGACAAUUCUCAAGAAAUCGUAAAAAAUUUACAGAGUCUGAAAGGUACCUCGAAGGAAUCUUCAGAAUCAGAGGAAGGAUCAGGAGGUGGUUCAAUCGAGGAAGAACAAGAAUCUGAAAACGAUGGAACUGAUGAUGAGUCUGACGAGAAUACGCCCUCGUCAGAGUUGAGGGGGUUCACGGCAAAGGAAAAAAACACAGAAUUGUUCGCCGAUGAAUCAGGUGAUGACGAUGCUCGAAGCGGAGAAGAAGAUGGUGAUGAUGAUGAUGAUGAUGAUGCUGACGAAAAGACAAAUACUGUCCAGAGUGAAAGCGAAGAGGAAGGGUCAACCUCAUUUGAAGACCUAAGUAAACCAGAGGAGAUUGGAAAUAUUGAAAACGAGGUUCUUAAAGGAAAUGAACAUCCUGUGCCCACGGACACGAAGAACAAUUUUUUCGCUAGCUUGAUUGAAACUGAUCACGAAUUAUUACAAAAAGAUCACGACAAGUUGAAUAAACUCUAUAAAAUGGUUAUUUCGCUAUUUGCUGACAAAAAUGACCAAUAUACAAUACAGAAAAGAAUAUACGAAGACUUUUCUAGCGAGGAGAAGACAUCGUACGAACUACCAAAAGAAGAAGAAGACGAAGACGAAGAUGGGAGUAGUGAUGACGACGAGAACGCAUCCUUAGACAAUCACAGUGAAGAAGACGAAGACGAAACGGUAGCCGGAGAAAUUAACAGCGAUGCAUCUGAGGAAACGUAUGGCAGACCCUCAAGCGAGGUGCAGGAGACUUCGGAUGAAGGAGAAAAAGAUGAAGACAACACAGAUGAUGAGGAAAAGAAUGAUGAUGGCGCUGAAGAUGAUAAUAAGGUUGAUGAAGUUAUUGAUGCUGAUGAUGAAGUUGAUAAUGAGGAUGAUAGUGAUGAUGUUGAUAAAGAAGAUACUGACAAUGAUGGUGAUGAGGUUGAUAAUGAAGAUGAUAGUGAUGAGGUUGAAAAUGAGGAUGAUGACGAUGAUAGUGAUGAGGUUGAUAAUGAUACUGACGAUAAUGAUGAAGAAGAAGAUUCGGAUGAAGGUGAUACAGAGGAUGGGGACCUGGCAAAGGAGUUGGCAAUGGUUGAUUUGAUCAAUGCAGAAAAGGCACUUGGCGAUUACAAAUCAGAAGAAAAUUCGAACGAAGCAAACGAGGUUCUUAAAGAUUAUGAUUCAACAGAAAAUAAUGUUUAUGAAUUGCAGAAGUUACCAGCUAAGUACAAAGAUGUGCUGAAAAAUGAACUUGAGGAAAACGCUGCUGCGAAGGCAUAAAGGGCACCUGGAAACCGUACUGGGCAGAUUGAGUGUAUACAUGAACUGUUUCCUGAUUCCCACCUGUAGUUAAUCGUGAAUAAGAAAUUAGAGAGUCUGUUUCGAGAUCUCCAUAAAAUUCUCAUAUGCAUAAGUUAGUUUCAGUAAGAAGCUUUGAAUAACAUGCACCAUUUAUGCAAAACAGUUCAUGAAUAUGCUAAUUUGUUGAGCCUGCCCGAUGAACAUGUUUUUGUUUGAUAGUUAUAUAACAGAAAGUGGGACCAAGAACCAAUAACAAAAAAAAGUGUGUCUACUUUUAGUAUUAGAGAAAGGGGAUGUAGCUGGCUUGUAUUUACAUUAUAUUACCCAGUAACAUUCUAUUAAGCCAAUAAGAUUCAUUCCAAAUAUAUUAUCCAUUGUCGUGUCUGCUUCAGUGUGGACUUUAAUGUGUGUCUAUGCAGAGGUGAGCUGGGACCAACGUGGAGAGCACAUUUACCAAUGUGGCUACCUGAAAGUGUAGUAUCUCUCAAUAAUUUUAGAUUUUUUGCAUUGUUUUUGUAAUUUUGUAUUUCAACGUGUUAAUUUAUUUAUUGUUAAAAAAAGGGAUAUCAAAUUAUAAGAAUAAGGCAGUAUUGCUGUUAUCGAUAUUAAAAAGGUUUUUGGUUAAUUAUUUAAAGAAAAUUAUCGAAACUAAUCUGAGGGAUGUCUGAAUGAAUGUAUAAAUACAAAAAAAUAUUGAAUAUUGAAUCUAUUCGGCACUAUCCUCAUGCAAUAAUUUCAUCCCAGUGUAAAAUACCGAAAUGUACUUAUAACUUUAUGUGUUCGUUCAAUUUUACUCUUCAAAACUAUCACUAUGGCAACGCGUUUCUAUGGAAACCAGAUUGCAAAUCCACUCUCUUCCUAAUCUGUUAUUGUGUAUAAUUUGGAGUGUGUUACCGUAAACAAUGCAUGCCCACUGUCCAUCUCUGUAAUAGUUUACUAUUAGUGUCAUGUGAUUGUGUCUAAUAAACUGUUUUCUAAAAAAAGAA